UGGCAUCCUUGGAUUCUCCCCACCUCCCCGUCCUGGCUCUGGCCUGGCACGCAGAAGCAUGGCGAGCUGUUCCUACCGCAAGAGUUCCAGCUACAGGGUCCGGGACUUCAGCUCCUGCUCAGCCGUUGUGCCCAAGCCUGGGGUGCAAGUUUNUAGCGUCUCAGCCCUGGGCUCCUGUGGGCCCCGCAUAGCGGUGGGCGGCUUCCGUGCUGGUUCCUGCAGCCGCAGCUUCGGGUACCGUUCCGGCGGCGUGGGUGGCCUCAGCCCUCCCUGCAUCACCACCGUGUCCGUCAAUGAGAGCCUCCUCACACCCCUCAACCUGGAGAUCGACCCCAAUGCGCAGUGCGUGAAGCAUGAGGAGAAGGAGCAGAUCAAGAACCUCAACAGCAGGUUCGCUGCCUUCAUCGACAAGGUACGCUUCCUGGAGCAGCAGAACAAGCUGCUAGAGACCAAGUGGCAGUUCUACCAGAACCAGCGCUGCUGCGAGAGCAACCUGGAGCCCCUGUUCAACGGCUACAUCGAGACGCUGAGGCGGGAGGCUGAGCGCGUGGAGGCCGACAGCGGGAGGCUGGCCUCGGAGCUCAACCACGUGCAGGAGGUGCUGGAGGGCUACAAGAAGAAGUAUGAAGAGGAGGUAGCUUUGAGGGCCACAGCGGAGAAUGAGUUCGUCGUUCUAAAGAAGGAUGUGGACUGUGCCUACCUGCGAAAGUCAGACCUGGAGGCCAACGUGGAGGCUCUGGUGGAGGAGUCUAAUUUCCUGAAGCGCCUCUAUGACGAGGAGAUCCAGAUCCUCAAUGCCCACAUCUCAGACACCUCGGUCAUCGUGAAGAUGGACAACAGCCGGGACCUGAACAUGGACUGUGUCGUCGCUGAGAUUAAGGCUCAGUAUGAUGACAUUGCCAGUCGCAGCCAGGCUGAGGCUGAGUCCUGGUACCGCAACAAGUGUGAGGAGAUGAAGGCCACAGUGAUCCGGCAUGGGGAGACCCUACGCCGCACCAAGGAGGAGAUCAACGAGCUGAACCGCCUGAUCCAGAGGCUGACAGCUGAGAUUGAAAAUGCCAAGUGUCAGCGGACCAAGCUGGAGGCCGCAGUGGCUGAGGCUGAGCAGCAGGGCGAAGCGGCCCUUAACGAUGCCCGCUGCAAGCUGGCCGGGUUGGAGGAGGCCCUGCAGAAGGCCAAGCAGGACAUGGCCUGCCUGCUCAAGGAGUACCAGGAGGUGAUGAACUCCAAGCUGGGCCUAGACAUUGAGAUCGCCACCUACAGACGCCUGCUGGAGGGCGAGGAGCAGAGGCUGUGCGAAGGAGUGGGCUCUGUGAAUGUCUGUGUCAGCAGCUCCCGCGGUGGAGUCACCUGUGGGGGCCUCACGUAUAGCACCACCGCCGGUCGCCAGAUCGCCUCGGGCCCCGUGGCCACCGGGGGCAGCAUCACGGUGCUGGCGCCCGACUCCUGCGUCCCCUGUCAGCCCCGCGCCUCCAGCUUCAGCUGUGGGAGCAGCCGGUCUGUCCGUUUUGCGUAGCCCCGCCUGCAUCCCCCCAGCACGGAAGGGUGUGUGAAUGGAAAAAAAUGUGUGCUUGCUUCCAGAAUCUUCCAUGUGUUCCUACAAGGGAAAGACCCUCCGCCGCUCUCCGCGCCACCUUCUCCUUUUAGGGAGUUGUUUUCCUGGUUCUCCAACAGGCUUCAGUUAGAAAGAGUCAUUCCCAGCCCUUUCAUUCAACUCAGAUUUGACUCCUAAAUCCCCGCGUCCAAUUUGUGUUAUUCACCAAGCUCUCUGGGACCCUACCAGUCACCCAGGGAAGCCGGGCAUCAUGAAAACUCAGCCUUCUUCUGGCACAAGGAAUAAGCCUAACCAUCCAGCCAGGUUUCCCUCAGCCUGAGAAUCAGAGAGGAAGCCACCCCGACUCCAGCAGGCCCCUUCUCCUGGCUGGGAAGUUCUCUGCAGGAAGGAAUUGCCCCUUGGUCAUCUGGGUUUGUGUUUUGCUUGUCUCUCUAACUGAUUGCCUUCUUCUGGGUUAACCUGUUCCAGCCAAACUCCUCCUGUGACCUCCCAGUUGAGAGGCCUAUUGUGGAGGGGAAUUCUUUUGACUUUGGACAGGUCUUGCUAUUCAUACACCUUAACAGAUUUCAAAGAAAACGCCAUGGUUGCUCCAGAUCGCCCCCUGCCGGUGCAGGGGGAAUCUGUCCAAUCCAGAGCAGGUGGGAUGGAGAAGGGGAGGCCACUUUCUGGGUCUCCCUCUUAUUAUGACUGUCUGUGGGUGCCGUGCCUUCUGGGUUGUCUCAAUCUGUGUUUCAAUAAAUGCUGCUGCGAUGCAAAGACAUGUGAA